CGGAUGCGCCAUUGCAAUAAUUCAGAUCCUCGUCCUCCUUACCUGACGCCGCCGCCCCCUCCUCGCCGCGACAUCUGUCGCUCCCCCCUGCCGCCCCCGCCCCCGCCCCGUCCGCGAUGGAGAGAUGCACGCAGCCCCGCUCCCUCCCCUUCGGUUUCUUCUUUCCUCGCGCUGCCGGUACAGACGAGGAGGAGGAGGCGGAGGAGGGGGGGAGGUCCGCCGUUCGCCGUCCGUCCAAUCCCCUGCCCGCCGGAGGGAUCUCCCGUCCCACGCCCGCCGGCCGACCCACGUCAAUCUCAAUCUGGUCUGCCGCUGCAGCUCGGAGCAAGGUGCAGGCUUUCCUAGAGGCCGCGUGCUCCGGCGACCUCGAGGCCCUCCGGAGUAGGCCCCCCGCUCCCGCCCCUUUGCUCACCUGCUUGGCUUCGUCGCUGUUGCUGCUGGUGUUGGUUGCAGAGUUCGGUUCCGCGCUCGACGAGGAGGGGAAGGGCGUGGCCGCAGUGGCCGCCGGCAUGCGGGACGCCAACAAGCGCACCGCGCUGCACUUCGCCGCUCGGGAGGGGCGCACCGAGGUCAGCCAGUUCCUCGUCGAGCAGCUCCGCCUCCCCGUCGACCCCAAGGACGACGAUUGUAAUGGUUCCCUCAGUCCCUAUCCCCAUGCCAUGACUCUGUUCUCCGCUGUUGUCGUCGGUAGAGCCCUGCGGAUAUUGCAUAGCAUCUUACAGAACUUGCUCACUCAUGUAACCAGGUCUAACCAAAGGGACAAUGUUUCUAUUGAGACGUAUGUUGACAAUAACAUGGAAAUGGAGAGGAACAAUCAAGGACACAGUUCUGCUUUGCUGAAUGUGCCUGACCCAGAGGAAGAUGGGCUUCACAUUGGAAACAUGUUUCUUCCUUCUACAUUCUGGACUCCAUUCUUCAGUGGAGUGCUACAAAUUGCGCUAAAAUAUUCGGAAGAGGGUAUUCGUGUUGAUGCAUUAUCCAUAAUGAUCCUCAUUAUUUGGAUUUAUUUUUGUAAUGGAAAGCUUGCAUCAGUUGCUGCAGAAAGAGAAUACAUUGCUCGUAAAGAAGCAUUCUGUGCAUCUACUUUUCUUGCUUUUGAACUGCCCUACGAUGUUGAAGAUGCUUUGCAGUGGAGGUAAAGAUGGUUCUGAACUGAUGGAAACUGUUGGAUGUGAAAAUGAACCACAACAAGCUAUCAACUCAGUUCUCAAGGACUUGUCUGAAUGUUUGACUUGUGAAGCAACAACUUCUCUGGUUGAUAUGACUACCUACUAAUCAGAUGGUUGCGAGUGCAUACAAAUAAGUAUUCAUAUUGUUUGGUUGUUUGCAGAGAAUGGCGGACACUACUUUGAUCCUUUGACAGAUAGUUCUUCAUAAUGUGAUAGUGUAUAGGCCUUCUUCCUGGGGACCAACUGCUCAACUACUGCACUCCUUGGCUGCUACCGACCAAAAAUUUUACAAAUCUGUCUACAUGUUUUGUUUCUA